CGACAUUAGACUCUCCUCCACUUCUCUUUAACCCUUCAAUUAGGGUAUCUUCGCCUAUACCUAGAUCCGUCUAUUUUUGUUCAGUGGUGCGAAGGAGGUGAUCAAUUCCAGUACCAUUACUUCUCGGCUUUCAUUUUAAUUCAAGGGGAAAGAAAAAGAAGGAAGAUGGUUUCGGAUGCGAGCAAGAAGAAAGCUGCCCAAAAGAAGGCAGCCGCGGCUGCGAAGCGGGGUGGGAAGUCCUCGUCGUCCUCAUCCAAGGCUGCAGCAGCAGUUGCGACUUCGCAUGAUGGGACUUUGGAGAGUGUUAACAAUGGGGUGGGAGCUCUCGUCAUAUCGGAUCGCACGUGCACCGGCGUCCUUUGCUCGCAUCCCCUGUCCAGGGAUAUCCGCAUUGAGUCUUUGGCACUGACAUUUCAUGGUCAUGAUCUCAUAGUUGAUUCCGAAUUAGAGCUUAACUAUGGCAGGCGAUAUGGUUUACUUGGCUUGAAUGGAUGUGGGAAGUCUACACUUCUUACAGCAAUAGGGCUUAGAGAGCUACCAAUUCCUGAGCAUAUGGAUAUCCACCACCUUACUCGGGAGAUUGAAGCCUCAGAUAUGUCUGCACUUGAAGCUGUUAUCAGCUGUGAUGAGGAAAGGAUUAGAUUGGAGAAAGAAGUUGAAAGAUUAGCAGCUGAGGAUGGUGGCGGUGGAGAAGCGCUUGACAGAAUCUAUGAACGGCUAGAAGCAAUGGAUGCAUCAACUGCUGAAAAACGGGCUGCUGAAAUUCUUUUUGGGUUGGGUUUCAAUAAGCAGAUGCAAGCAAAGAAGACAAAGGACUUCUCUGGUGGUUGGCGUAUGAGGAUUGCAUUAGCCCGAGCUUUAUUUAUGAACCCAACUAUUCUUCUGCUCGAUGAACCUACAAAUCAUCUCGAUCUGGAGGCAUGCGUCUGGCUGGAGGAGACACUUAAGAAUUUUGACCGCAUUCUAGUUGUGGUGUCUCACUCACAGGAUUUUCUCAAUGGAGUUUGCACAAAUAUUAUCCACAUGCAGAACAAGAAACUGAAGAUGUACACAGGCAACUUUGAUCAGUACAUACAAACCCGUGCAGAGCUCGAGGAAAAUCAAAUGAAACAAUACAGGUGGGAACAGGAUCAGAUCUCUGCCAUGAAGGAAUACAUUGCGCGCUUCGGCCAUGGUUCUGCAAAGCUGGCCCGGCAAGCCCAAAGCAAGGAGAAAACAUUGGCCAAAAUGGAGCGCGGUGGACUCACAGAGAGAGUAGUUAAGGACAGGGUCCUCGUUUUCAACUUCACUGAUGUGGGGAAGCUUCCCCCACCUGUACUACAGUUUGUGGAAGUCUCAUUUGGAUACACUCCUGACAAUCUCAUAUACAAAAACCUAGAUUUUGGCGUCGAUCUUGAUUCCAGGAUUGCACUGGUGGGUCCAAAUGGUGCAGGAAAGAGCACUCUGCUUAAACUAAUGACCGGUGAUCUGAUUCCGGCGGACGGAAUGGUCCGCCGCCACAACCACCUGAGGAUUGCCCAGUUUCAUCAGCAUUUAGCAGAGAAGCUCGAUUUAGAGAUGUCAGCUCUCCAGUACAUGAUGAAGGAAUAUACUGGCAACGAAGAAGAGAAAAUGCGAGCAGCGAUCGGUCGAUUUGGUCUAACCGGAAAGGCCCAGGUGAUGCCGAUGAAGAACCUUUCCGACGGCCAGAGGAGCCGGGUGAUCUUCGCCUGGCUUGCUUGGAGACAGCCCCACAUGCUGCUUCUUGAUGAGCCAACCAACCAUCUUGACAUCGAGACCAUCGAUUCGCUGGCGGAGGCUUUGAAUGCGUGGGAUGGAGGAAUGGUUCUUGUGAGUCAUGACUUCAGGUUGAUCAAUCAGGUUGCAGAGGAAAUAUGGGUUUGUGAAAAUCAGGCGGUGAGGCGGUGGGAGGGCGACAUCAUCGACUUCAAAAAUCAUUUGAAGAGCAAGGCUGGUUUGGCCGAGUAAUUUAAAGGAGUAAACAAGCUGGAAUAUAUUUUCAGGUAAUAGCGUUCUAUCUUUAUCAUACUUGUACUACUAAUUAUUCGUGCUACUGUUUCUACAUUAUAUAUAUGAAACCGAAUUAUCAGAGUGUCAUUAUUCGUCUCUCGGAUAUUGCUUGGUUUGAGAAGGACUUGUAGAGCCUGGCUGAGCAUGUUCCGAUGGCUUUACUAGAAUUUUGUAUUCUUUAAAUCCUAGUAUUUAUUAUGGAGUACAUGAUUACUGGAUAUAUAUAAUAUAUAUAUCAUCAAAUAGAAUUGCACUCACAAU